AGUACACUCGCAACCGGCGACGAAGGCACGCGCUGCCAUUUACAAACAAACUUAUGACGAUAAUAAAUAAACUUAAAAUAAUCUUAUCAUUAUAGUUUUAAGAAGUGUUUAUAAACAUUUGGGCUUUAUGUCUUUAACCCUAAUGUGCUAAAAGUUGCCUAAAACGCGGUAGUGAAACCGACGCGUUUACGCAUAUGCUAAUAAGCCGGCAUUACGGAGAAUUCGAAAUUUGUAUUAGUGAAGGUUUACGAGUUUGGCGAAUUUGGCACUUAAUAGUGCUAUCCUCUAGGAGUGCAUUGCGGGAUUUACUAUGGUGCAGCGGGUAGCUACAGAUGAGCGUCCAUUCGAGACGCCCUCAUCUGACGAAAGCGGCCUGGGUAGAAGCGACUCCCCCAGCGAUGAUUCGGAGCCAGAAGCGGCACUGGUGGUACCACCAGAUGGCGGUUGGGGUUGGGUCAUAGUGGCUGCAUCAUUCAUGUGCAACUUUCUUGUGGAUGGGAUUAUUUUUUCUGGAGGGAUGCUACUAGAACCCAUUCAGAAAGAAUUCAAUGCGAGCGGUGGACAAGUGGCACCAGUUAAUUCCUUACUCGCUGGAUUUUACCUGUUAGCUGGUCCGUUUGUUUCGGCGUUAGCUAACAAAUACGGUUUCCGGGUGGUGACAAUAAUCGGAAGUGUGAUAUCGAGUGCCGCCUUCGCUAUCUCCUAUUUCGCCACCAGCGUUGAGUAUCUCUAUCUCGUUUAUGGCAUCGUGGGAGGACUCGGUUUCUGCAUGAUAUACAUGCCCGCGGUGUUGACCGUUGGGUUCUACUUCGAGAGAUGGCGCGCGUUGGCCACAGGACUCGCGCUGUGCGGUUCCGGCGUCGGCACCUUCGUGUUCGCACCACUUACCGAGACGCUCAUCCACGGACUCGGCUGGAGGAUGACCAUUCUUAUACAUGCAGGUUUUGUUCUGCUGUGUCUCGUAUGUGGGGCCCUGUUCAGACCGAUCAACCCAGUACGAGUGACAUUAGCUGAUCAACAGGAAGAAGAUACUUCGCGUCGACAUGAGGAGGCUGUCGAAAAGCUAAAUUCGAUGUUAAAACUUCACAAUAAACUCGAUUCUGGUAUAUCGAUGCCAACAGAGAUGAGAUUUACGAACAAAGUUAGUCCGCAUACUUGGAUGGGCGUCGCUAACAAUACACGUUAUCCGACCGCUGAAGAAAUAUUUCGAGGAAGUAAUUCCCAUCUCAGCAGACGGUCGUCGGCAACGGCAAGCACAUUGAAGAAUCAUGGCAAUAAACCAUUCCAUUUUAUUGCCGUUCCAGUUGCAGAAAAGGAUGAACAAGAAGACUCUAACAGCAAUAUCGACAACGCUGAACCUCUGAUAUCUGAAUCAGUUAAAGUAGUAACCAGGGAUGCAAGAUCUCGUCGUUCUCAUAUUGAUUUGGUUGCGAGACCUUUCUAUCGUGAUGACAUCUUCUUCGGUGGCAGUCUAGCAAGAGUACCGCAAUACACUUCUCGAACUUCUCUGGGUUAUCAUCUACACGUUACACAUGUUCCCACACAAGAAGACGCUCAAGAAGAACACUCUGGCAAAUGCCGACUAUGUCCCGAAGCUGUGAGACGUGCUUUAGCUACAUUAUUAGAUGUCAGUCUAUUCCGAUCACCGACGUUUUUGAUUCUCGCUGUGAGUGGAUUCUUUACGAUGCUGGGAUUCUUCGUACCUUAUAUGUAUGUGAAACAAAGAGCGGAACUUAAUGGAGUUGGUAAAGCGAGUAGUCUUAUGCUUGUAUCAGCCAUUGGCGUUGCUAAUAUCAUUGGUCGUAUCGCAUGCGGACUCGUUUCUUCCACACCAAAAGUAUCUCCUUUGUGGUUAAACAAUAUAGCCCUUUCUGCUGGCGGGAUUGCGACCAUGAUCAGUGGACUCUGCUAUGACGAUUUCUAUCAGUUCGGAUAUUGUGCUGUCUUUGGACUUUCAAUUGCGUGCUUCGCAUCACUUCGUUCGAUCCUCGUCGUGGAGUACAUCGGACUAGAGCAGCUGACGAAUUGCUUCGGGUUAUUCCUACUGUUCCAGGGUUUCGGUGCGCUUUUGGGUGCACCAAUCGCUGGCGCCCUAAUGGAUAUGACAAAGAGUUACGAAAUAUCUUUCUAUGUUUCCGGCGGUUUCCUCCUCCUCUCUGCCGUGAUGUGUUAUCCCGUGGACUACAUCAGUAGAUGGGAGAAAUCAAGAAACAAACUCGCUUCGACACCAAAAGUGUGAAAAACAUCAUUUUUGCUCCUGGCUUCUAAGAACCAAGUGAAUAUUACUGUAAAAAAACUAUGAAAGAAUCUGACAUAUGUUUUUAACUUUUUAUAGUCUAUGGUCCGUUUUAGGACGCUUAAAAUCAGUGUUUAUUUAAUUAUGUUUACAUUUUAGUGACAAUUAACACUGCCCUGUACUUUCCACACUUUUAGACUUCCUAUUAACGGUUAAUAUUUUUAAAUGAGAUUUAGAAAACUAGGAAUGGGGUUAAAUCUAUUUUCUAAUUUUUAUGGGACGUUUACACCCUAUAAACAAUUUCAAAAUAUUUAAUUUAUAGGUAUAAUUAUGAGUAAAUUGUAUAUUGUAAAAUAAAUCCGUACUUAUUAUUGUAUAUUUGUUACAGAAAAAAAAAAUCGUAUUGUCUAAUGAAUGUGCUCUCUGAUUAUAUUAAAAAAUAGGAAUACAAUAAUUGAAUACAUAUCCUUUGUACUUACAAACAUCACAUACUUGCCAUAAACAAUUUGCAUAUUUAUAACGAUGUAAAUUGAUAAGUGCCUAGAUUUGUGUAGUUACUGUAAAUAUUAUUAAAUCAAUGUUACAGGUAAUGAAUAUUUAUACCAUACUGAAAAGGAAUUUUGAUGUUGCAAAGACUCGAUCGAGUUAAAUAAAUGCAUUUAAAAAUAAUAGUUUAGUAGUAACUUAUUAAAGUACAAAACUCGAUAUAUAGUAUAUAACUCGAUAUAUACUAUAGUACAUCUUUUAUUCGUUUUCCUUGAUAUUGAGUAGAUCUGAAGCCAAAAUACACGUACUUAGUACUUAAUUACGUGAAAAUGUUGAAUUUGAAUUAAAACUUAAGAAUCGAUCAAUUAACGCUUAUGUGAUAACUGCGGAGACAGAGAACUUAAAAUUUACUAAGAGCAAUUAAGACUGGUCACAUUUUUAUCAUUUCAGUUAAAUUUGAAGAAAAAAUAAAGUUGCUAGUCACACUUUAAUGCUCUAUUUUUAAAUGUUACACGAACAUAUUUUGUAUUUAUUACAAAAUAAGAUAGGUUUUCAAAAUGUCUAUAUAAAAAGUGUAAACUUGCUUACACUUGUUUGAUACGCAUACAAUUUUCACAUUAAAGUACAAUACAACACAAUUGUAACGUCGUUAACUUCAUUGUGUAGUGACACAUUAUACCAUGACCACAUCCGCGUUGAUCGUGACGAAAUUUCAUAACAAUGAAAUGAUAAGAAUAAAAUAACGUUUUACAGCAAUAGCCUAUUCCAACUUAAAGAGGAUAAAAGCCAAAUAAACAACAUUUGACAUAGAAUAGACGCGAUAUCAUUGGUGGUUGAAUAAUCUAUGUAAUAUUUAAUAUGGGUUUGAGUUUUGUAAGUGAACGAGGCUGUGUUCCUUCGGAAGUUAAUUAAAGUAGUUAAUUGGAAUAUUGUUACAUUAUAAAAAAAAAAAAUAAUAAUCAAGAACAGUCAGUCGUAACAAUAUAUGUGAACUAUUAGCCAAUUGCAUAGAAUACGUAAAUCAAGAUUUGUAUAUCUUUAUUCUAUCUUUGAUUGGAAUAGGCUAUACCUAAAUAUUAAGUACAUAAUAAGUUUCGGAAUAAACGACACAGAUGUGGUCGUAGCAUUAGCUUUACUAUACUUAAUUCAAUAAAAAUGUACCCUGUUAUCUGUAUAAGCGGUACAUCAUAUUAUAAGACUUGUUAAUAUUAUAGGUCUUGCAUGUGUGUGCAAAAUGAGUGAUUUUAUUAUAUUAUUCAUAGGUUAGAUAAUUUGAUUGUUAUCAAUGUUUGUGCCUUAUUGUAUGAAGUGAUACUUAUCGUAUUUUAGAUAUUGACAUUUAAGUUUAACUUUUAUCAAGAAAAAAAACUUGAAGUAAGCCGAUGAAGUUCCAAAAACCCAUUAUAUACUAUUUUUAAGUUAGUUUCCUUUUCUAUGUAAUCCUAACUUAAAGAAUAAGUAAUAUGUUAUACGACUUUGGCUGUGGUCUAUAUGGAUAGCAGAUUGAAAAUCAUAGUCAUAAAUGUUUAGUUUUUCGUAUUAAACUAUUUCUAUGUCAACCUUUGCCUAGUUGAAUAUAUACAAAUUUGUUGACAUAUAAACAAGAUUAUUUUUUUUCUAGAAUUUAUUACAGUUCUGGUCAUACCUGGUCCUUUUUUGUUUGUUAUUUGAUGAUAAUUUGUAUAUAUGGGUAUCAUUAUGGUGAAUCUGUUGAUAUAGUUUAUAGAUUAGAAAUAUUUUUAUUUGCAUUUCGAAAUAAUGACUAUGAUUUACGACUGACGAAAAUAUUCUGUUAACAAAUGUAUGCCACAAAGUCAAUAAUUUAAGAUUUAAACACGCUUGCUUUAUUUUCCGAAUUAUUUAUAAAAUAUAAUGCAAGCAGGCUUUGUCUUAUCAUUCGAAAGUAAUAAUAACGUCCGCAGCAAAUUCGUAUUAAAUAUGAUACUUUUGUUGUUAA